AGUGCCGUUGAAAAGAGAGAGGAAUUCAUGUAAACACGGCGAGGGGGGAUGGUGUGAUCUAAUGGAUAAAAAGUAAAAGAAAGGAAAGGACAUCUGAAGACCCGGUGAAUAGCAAGAUUGUGGCAGUGAGGAGUGUAGAAAUUGAGUAAAACAACAAAAAAAUGAACUCGAGAGAGGGAUGAAAUAAGGUAAAAUCAAGGAGAAAAGACCAUUCCUUAUCAUUGUCGCCGUCAAGUUAACCGGGAUAACUGCAUUACAAAAAUAAUUAAUAAUAAUCACAACGUUUAGAAGAACUGCAAAGAUAAGGAAGAACGAGAAUUAGAACACCAAACAAUAUUUCAACGGUCUAGCAACCAGUCAAGUUUUAUUAUUCGGUUAACUGUCAUGAAUACCCGGUUAGGUAGCCCAGUGGCGUGGUGUGCGUGGCUGGCGCUGUGGUGUGUGGGUGUGAGGGCGGACAACAAGUUCACGGAGGAGUUGCUGCUGCGGCCACUCGCCUCAGGACACCUUCACUCCCACUUCGAGUUCACCACCACCUGGUCCUCGCCAGAGAUCAGCAAGGCUGUGCACAACUACCGGGAUUUUGAGUUUGCCCACUAUGAUCUGUUCCCUCGUGCUCUUGGGGAAGUAGUAGAGCGCUACCACGUGCGGGAGCUGCACCUCAGUCUGACGCAAGGACUGUGGCGGCAUCGUAAGUGGGGCUACCCUGUGGUGGAUGCUCCCCCUGGUGCCCAGCUUUGGGUCUGGUUCAACCCCACCACAGAUGACUUGGACCAGACAUGGAGGGAUCUAGUCAAUGCCCUCAGUGGCCUCAUCUGUGCCUCACUUAACUUCAUUGACUCCACCAACACUGUCUCCCCUGAGCUGAGCUACCGGCCGCAGGGUGUGGCUGAUGACUGGUAUGCCGGUAACUCAUCCUACAUGCGGUACGCUGCUCUGCCUCGGGAGAAUGUGUGCACCGAGAACCUCACGCCAUGGAAGAAGCUGCUGCCUUGUGAUGCCCAGAGUGGCCUGGUGGCAUUGCUUCACCCUGGGCCGCUGUACACUGCCCACUACCAUAGCCUGUCCCUGCACCUUAGACCAUCUUGUCAGGAUGCAGAUUGCCACAAUGCCCAGCUGGAGCUGGUACAGGCACUGUCCUUGGUGCAGCUCCCUGACAGCUCAGCAGAAGGCUACCAGGACUGGUCACUGCACAACCUCUUCCUGGUGCCUCUCAUCUACUCCUGCCCUCUGGCUGACAUCUCCAGGAUCUAUGUGGACAUCACAGAUAAUGAGGACAUGAAAAAGUUCACCCUGGAACCAGCACCGCACCAGGUGGAGGAAAGUGGCAGUGAGGCCAGCCACCGCCGCCUGGCAGUGUAUGACACCCACAAGGCACUCAUCGGUGACCCCUUCAGCAUAGACGCCGUGUACUCCGACCACCACAUCUAUGGCAUGGUGUCCCCCCCCAUCCUGCACGUGUCUCGCUUCAUCACAGGGUAUGGCCAGGAGGGAGGAAGCAUCACCGUCAAGUUCACCAACACUGGGCCAGAGCCUCUCACGCUGGUGUACCUGGAGGUGGUGCCUUGGUAUCUGCGACUCUUCUUACACACCUCCCACUCAGCUGAGCAGCUCGAGUCAAUGUAUGUGGCCAAGCUGGUGACAGCUCGUGACAGGGAGCUGCCUUGGCUGUAUGAGGCAGUGCUGGAGGUGGGGCCCAGGACGACACGAGAAUUGAGUCUAGAGUUCAACCGUGCUCUCCUCAAGUGGCUGGAGUAUCCCCCUGAUGCCAACCAUGGCUUCUACAUCCCUGCUGCCACUGUGUCCACCAUCCUUCCCUCGCCACGCAAUGUCUCUGUCAACUCGCUCAAUGAAUCAACGCUGAAGGGGAAGUUGCUUGUGAGAGACGGUGAAAGUUUUGUGCGCAUUCACACGGAGACCCUCUUGGUGAGCCUCCCCACCCCAGACUUCUCCAUGCCCUACAAUGUGAUCUGUCUGGCCUGCACUGUGGUUGCUCUUGCUUUUGGUCCAAUCCACAACAUCACCACAAAGAAGUUGGUACUGAAGAAGCUGGAGGUUAAGGAAUCCCUUCUGACACGCCUCAUCAACAAAAUCAAGGGGAAGUUCAGGAGGAGCUCGAAGGUGGAUGAUGGAGGAGCAGAGAAGACACCUGCAGCCGAGCCAGUGGUAGUGGAGGAGAACCCACUCUAUGAGGACAGAGAGGAGCUGGAGGACAUCAUGGAGGAAGAGGAGGAGGAAGAGGAGGAAGACAAGGACAGCUGCAAGCCCAGUGAGGAGAACAGUAAAAAGGACAGAUGAAUGGGUGUAAGUAGAGUUAGAAGUGGGAGAAUUGUAUUGUAGAUUAACAUUGGGAUUAUUUUGUUUGUUGUAUGUAACAGUCAUACUUUUCCUUUCUUCAGAGAGGAUCAUGAAUAUCCACUGAGAGUAAUGGGAUAUAUUGCAGUCAUGUAAUAAGUUUGUUAUUUGAAUUGUUGCACACAGCACUGUACAUUAAGAGCUGAAGCACCUCUGAUUAGAAGUAAGUACUCAUUGUAAGGUAGGAGUGGAUGUAGUAUUAGCCAUAGAAGUAUUAGCAGUUGUAGUAGGAGUAACAGGAGCAACAGUAGUUGGUUCAUUAUUAUCUAACUAUGUAUGAAUGGGUGUCCACAGCUCUGCUAAUUGUUUCAGCCAAUACCAUAAUGGGCAUUAGUGGAGUGAUACAGAACACAGUAAGACUUUCCUUGAGUGGGGGAACAAACACUCUUGAAGCAAUUCCUGAAUUACCAUGAGGGUUGAAAAGAAUCUUUUGACAAUGCAUGAGAAAAAAGUAAGUUAAGACUCAGGCAGGCUGGCCGUGAGCUAUCACUGCUCCCUUGCAGAAGACAGGCUUUGCUGCACUAUGUAUUUCUCUUUUGCUUGUUAACUGAAUAUGUCUAGUGUAGCUUUACUUUACUGAUAAAACUGACUCAGCUCAGGGAGAAUAUCAACAAUUUUCAAUUUCUGCUUUCUCUGGAGAACCAAGUGGCUGCAAGCCAGGCUUGGAUAGUUGUGAAGUACUUACUGGUAAUUAAACAGAUUUGCAAAGGUUGUGUGGAGGUAUUGUUAUGAUAUGGAUCAAAGAAUAUGGAAGUGGUACUGAGUUCAAUCAAUGUACAUAUAAGUAUUAUGUGACAACUCCCAGUUCAUUAUUCAGAGCAAUUCAGACCAGUUUUUGUUUGCAGAGAAUAAUAUUUUUGUAGCAGAAUUCAGAGAUGUCAGAUGUGUGGCACAAAGCAAGUGGAAUCAGGGACCAUGGCUGCAUUCACAUUGUUGUAAUGAAGCUUCUGUCCCUGAUGGAACAUUAUAAGGAUGGAAUGUAUGGCAGGACUGGUAGUCUUUCUUUUGUUAUCCUACAACAUAAGCGCAAUCAAUGCUGGGCUAAAAUGAAUUAUAAAGGGAAUAGGUAUAUGAAAUAAAAUAGAUUAGUGACAUUGUAUCUUUAGUUGACUUUUUUUGGUCCAUAAGUAACCACUCCCUUUGAUUUCACAUCAGUUCUUAGUGUCCCAUUCAUCCCAGUAUUUUCCAUCAUUAUUAGUGAUGUGGGUAGCUGGUUUCCUGUGGGUUGUGUAUCAUCAGUUGCUAGUGGCCAAAGGUUGUUAAUGAUAAAUAACAAGUAUUGUAUCAGUAAUUAUAUAAGAAUGAAGAUCGUAAGUCACAGUUGCCUCAAAGCUUGAUUGGUGGAGUGUCAUAACUACACCAAGGAGUGACACCUGUCUGAUGCCACCGUAAUGUUUCCCGCAGUUGUAUUACGUGUGUGUAUUCGUGAUUCUUUGAAGUGUUGAUUUUGUAUAUUUCACAUGUACAGUUUUAAAAUGUGUGCAUCUGUGUUCUGAUAUUUUUUAUGAAGAAUGUUUUCGAAAUCAACAUUAAAAUAUGACAUUCCAUUUUGUA